AUGCUAACAUUGCAGCUUUAUGGAGCCAAUCCUCAAGGUUAUGCGGGACAACGUGCUGAAUGGGCUAAACAUGUGAGAUUCAAUGGAACUUAUCGCGGAAUGUGCCUUCAGAAUUGGGUUCUCAUUGCUCCAGGCACUGAUGAUGGAAAACGUUUGUCUGCAGAGUUUAUUCGUGCGUUUUUUGGUUCCAUUAGUUAUAUCAUGAACUUGGAGUACUUCCAGCUAUGUAUCAUCUUGUGA